AUGAGUCUUAGUUUAAGUUCUUCCGAGCAUCAUUGGCUCACUACUAGUGCUUUAAGACAACCAGAAUUCCGACCGAUAGGUAUUCCCUUAUCUCCUGGUUGUUAUCAAGCUACAAGUAGUGAUCGAGAGAGAUAUACCAACUUAAUUCAUGGUCGAGUAAAUUCAUUACUAAAGGAUGAAGCUCAUUCGAAAGAACGACGUGAACGUCACGAACCUUUCUUACAUCCUGAUGAAUGGAAAGAGUUUAAAAAGGAAAAAGACUUGAGAUUCUAUCGACGUCUUCAACGAGGUCGUUCACUACGUGAAUUAGCACUCGAAGAAGAACUCCCAGAAAUUCAACGAGCUGUGGAACGAGGUUAUAUGAGUCUCAUUUGUCAUGGAGGUGUCAAUGGAUCGAUUGAGGAGAUUCUCUAUGGUAUGACAGCUUCUUCUCAAGAUGAUUUAAUGACAGGGUUUUCAUACAAGAAUCCACCAAAGGAUUGUGUCUGGUUAGGUUCCAUUGAGACUCCAUCUCGUACGGAUCCCUUUCAUACAGCUGAUAUGAUCUGGGCUUUACCAAAACUACCAGCCAUUCUUGACCAAGUGGACGUAUGUUAUCUUAAAGCUACAGGACAACAAGUUGAUGCAAAUGGUGAACGCUAUGGAUACUUGAUCCUACAUGGGGUACACAUUGCUCAAUGUCCACCAUUUGCAGCACAUGGCAUAUCUCGAGCUAAAAUGUACUUUGCCUGUUUGUUUCGAGAACCACGACCUGGCCUUCUACAGGUGACAGUGCGUGGUAUCUUUGAUCUUAGUAAGAAGGUGAAAAUGCUAACGAGACUCGUAUCGGCCGCUACGUCGUCGUUUAUGGUUGGACUACUGAAUGGUGUGGGAAUUGGGCAGGCCAAGAAACUUACGCUUCUGGCACGUCGUAACCGUAGCACUCUUCAUGACCUCUUUAAUGCUCCUAGACAAUUGAUAUGCUACAUGUGCUGCAAACGUGCAUCCUUUCUCGGUCGUGCUAAUUUGUUUGGCACUCACUUGACAACAUGCUACAUAUGUGGAGGUACUGUGUGCUCAAAUUGUACUCGUGGUAUCAAGCAGCGAAUCUUCAUGGGCACUACUCAUCCGUGCUCCAAAGUUGACUGUUGUCCCAAUUGCGUUCGUGAGGCUAUCACCACAAUUCAAGUGCGUCCCAAUGAGCCAGAAUUUCAAAUAGUGGCGGAGUAUUACCUCAACCUGAAUCAGCAUUCAUCGUCAGAUUUCCCAGAAUUUUUGCAAAACACCGGAAUGAAAACCAAUGCAUCAGCAGGUGUACCAACAACCUCCACGACGAAUGAUAGCUUAGAAGAGUAUCAGUUAGAAUUUGAGAACGACUCCUUCUUGGUUCUGCUAGACUUGCCUGAACUUCGUCGAAGUUCUGGAGAGGAUGUGACCAACGUUGGAAUGGACAACAUUGAUCCGGAUUCAGGACCCGAAGCGGAGGCUGGAUCGUUUGAAAGUUCAAUAUCCAUUUGGGGAGGCUGUCGGCAUCGGAUCAGUAUUGAUGAUGAAGAUUUUAUUCCAUCGACCGCUUCAGAUAGAAUGUACUCGGACAGAUUGUACGCGAAUGCUGGACUUGCAGAGAGAGUGGAGCAAAGGCUGCUUGAGUUGGAUAUUAGAGCCGACCACACGUACACACCAACAGAGGAAACAAGAAUGAUCAUGCAACACGUUGAACGAAGGUAA